ACUCUGACCACAACAGAAACAACACCUGAAAUGAGCACAACAGAGACAACACCUGAAAUGACCACAACUCUGACCACAACAGAAACAACACCUGAAUUGACCACAACAGAAACAACACCUGAAUUGACCACAACAGAAACAACAGAGACAACACCUGAAAUGACCACAACUCUGACCACAACAGAA